CUCCGGAUAACUCAGUGUCGAUAUCUCUUUUUGCUUCUAGGUGUGCAGUCCAAUGGCUGGUCUGUUCAUGUUCCAUCUGACGUUACUGGUGAGCUUGGGAAGAUGGUUAUCCUGCCCUGUACUUUCACGCACCCCUACAAAACAUUUGACCGGACCCUCACGGCCAUUUGGAGGAUCAAGGAACCUUACAAUGGCACGAUAGUUUUCAAGUGCAUUAGCCAGAGCACCAGCGAGCUCUGUAAGACUGCCAUCAGCUACAAAAACAAAUACAAACUGCUUGGCAACCCCCGGCACAAGGACCUUUCCAUCAGGAUUGACAAUCUGACCUGGAGCGACAGCGAGAGAUACUUCUGUCGGGUGGAGUUGUCCGGAGAUAUCCACGACAAGUAUGAAAGCAGGAAUGGGAUAAAGCUGCACUUGAUUGCUGCCCCCAGGAUCAUUAACAUCACCGUCAGCUCCAACGGGGAUCGCACCUUCCAGGCACGCUGCACUGCCGAGGGGGAACCGGCGCCCGCUCUGACCUGGACCGGACCACCCUACAGCAACAUCACCUCCAUCACCAGCAUGAACCAUCGCGUCACUAAGGAGCUCCAGUACCUGACCCACGAUGGAAAAUAUACCUGUAUUGCUGUCAACACCCAUGGGAGAGCAGAAGGGGCUGUGUACUUCUAUAAAUUCAAAGCAUCCAACAGCUCCUUCUUCCUGAUCCUGAUCUUUGUGCCGCUCGGAAUUAAAGUGCUUAUUUUACUGGUGAUACUGAGCUUCACCGUUUUCUCGAGAGGAGGUACGUAUUGCUGUUUCCCUUGGUAGUCUUCCUCCAUCAGACUUGGUAACCAGAUGGGAGAGAAAGUCAGGCAAGAGGGGUUGGGUUUGUUUGGGUUUGGGUUUUUUUUUAAUGAUUUCAUGAUUUUCCACCCUAGGAGAAGGACAUUUCUAAUGGGAAAUCUAAGAACAAGUAAGAGGGACCUCCUGGCUGGCCGAGUCACAGCCCGCGGACAGGAGGUCUCCUUCGGGAAGGGAUCUUUGAAAAGACAGAGGGAGCAGGAGUUUCCCUACCUGAGGAGAAAGGUUAAUAAACUAACAGAUGGGCAAUUAGCAGAGAACCCACCGCCUACGCAACCAGAUUUUUAAUUUUUUUUUUCUUGAAGCAGACUAAUUACUACCUCUUCCUCUGUAGCCCAUGGGCAGGAUUUACCUUCGCUGCAUCCCACACAACAGUUUAAUCUCCUGGGGUGGGCAUCAUCAUUUUACAAACCGCCCCUCGUGGUCUCCCGGGCCUCGCUACCCAGGUGGUCCCCGUCAUUAGUGAAAUCCCACCUCCCAACCGCACCAAGGCCAUGGGAGCAGGGAAAGCCCAGCUCGUAGGAGAUGAAAAUCAGCUCACGGGCCGAG